AUGUAUUGAUAUAUCGUAUACUGCACCGGUAAUUAAAUCAAUACAUCUCAUCGAACGCAAUGGAUGACGAUGAGGAAACAUAUAGGCUAUGGAAAAUUCGGAAAACCAUCAUGCAGCUGUGUCAUGACAGAGGCUACCUGUGGACCCAAGAUGAGUUGGACCAGACCUUGGAUGAGUUUAAAAGUCAGUUUGGGGACAAACCCAGCGAGGGUCGCCCACGACGGACAGAUCUCACUGUCCUGGUAGCACACAAUGAUGACCCCACAGACCAGAUGUUUGUUUUCUUUCCUGAGGAGCCUAAAGUUGGUAUUAAGACCAUCAAGAUGUACUGCCAGCGGAUGCAGGAGGAAAACAUCACACGUGCCUGCAUUGUAGUUCAGAUGGGAAUGACACCUUCAGCUAAGCAGUCUCUAGUUGAUAUGGCCCCCAAAUACAUCCUGGAACAGUUUCUGCAGCAGGAGCUUCUAAUAAACAUCACUGAGCAUGAGCUAGUUCCUGAACACAUAGUCAUGACAAAAGAGGAACUGUCUGAAUUGCUGUUACGAUAUAAACUGAAGGAGAGUCAGCUGCCUAGGAUCCAACAAGGAGAUCCUGUAGCCCGGUACUUUGGAUUGAAAAGAGGCCAGGUAGUAAAGAUAAUCAGACCCAGUGAGACUGCUGGACGAUACAUCACCUACAGGCUGGUCCAGUGAGGAUUUCAAUGUAUGUCGCUGUACUAAGGAACAGCGGGUGAGCCAAUAAAACUCAUGGAUUAUUCUACAGCUGGCCUCAUCUCUUUGGAUUAAGUUUGGCUUUUGUUAAUUUGUUCAAUAAAUCCUUUGACAUAUCUUUCCAAAGAUAUGUAUGGUGAUGCCA